ACUGUAUCAUACUCGUACUCGUACUGCACCCAUUUUACGGACUCCCUCCCAAACAAACCACCCUCACUCCCCCUCUCACAACAUACUCGUUGCUCUACCCUCCUUCUGCGGAUCGGAUCCCCGCUUUUAAUCAUGGCUUCUUCCAUCGAGGGAACCGCUCAGAUACAACCAAGCAAAGCCCUGGGAUUUCUUGGUAUACCCCUUGCUGCGCUUUAGCUGCUUCAUUCGAGCUUCCAGGUUAACACCCCGCGGGUUGGUAGUUCUCGGUUCUUCUGUACACGAUGUUCUCGGUCGUCUCCGUGCUCAACCUCGCAUAUUUCCCUCCAUCUCGGUAAUCUAUGACUCUGCUGCACCGUUAGCCUCCCCGAUCGUGCUGACGCUUGAUUCCAACGGUCUACGCCUUCGUUUCGAUGGACCAGACCAACGCCUCCGGCUCAUCGAGGUGCUGGACUUUCAGAAAUCCAGAUUGUCCUAUAAUAGCGGUGAACUGACCAGGCCUGGAACAGGGACGGAGGGUCCUACUUUCCGGAGCAUUUACAAUAAGCUUUUUGGGCCCACCUAUCCAGGAGAGUACAUGGAGGACCAGGGUGUUUAUGUGCUAUCGUAUCCUGGAGUUGCCUUCUCGUUCCCAAUCAAAAAGGAAGCCUGGAAGGGGGGUGCAGAUUUCGUGUCGGUGCUCUCGUCGCCCGACGCCCAGCCUGCUAGUAGCAUGGCUAUUUUUGCUGGUCCGUCUUGGCUUGAGGCACGAACUGGCUUAUUCACCCGACCGGUACAGAACCCAAGACUACCUCUUGUCAAUGGGGCCAGUGCUAGAUUGUCUUCUGCAAACGAUGAGGUGGAGUUUGUCAGGUUCCGUGACGAAAAUAUGGUGGAAAUAGUUCGCCGUCAUAACCAACCGUUUUGGGUUAGGUUGCACUCGACCACUCCUCAAGACCUCAUCACGGAGCUGGGUCCUCCAAGCGCGAUAUACCGGAAGCACGAUCACAGGCUGUCCAUUCAUAGAACCAGAUCGUUAUCCGGAGGGGCAAAUGGGAGAGGCCACCAGGACGAUACAGACGAUACAGAGCCGGAGGACGCUCAAUCUGACGACGAGGAAGACGUGUCCGAUGUCUCCGCGACAUCAAACAGCGAUUACUUCUACAACUACUUCCAUCACGGGAUGGAUAUAUUCAUAUCCGCAACCCGCUCAUCUUCGCACCCAGUAGCCACCAAAAUCAUCCUUCACGGAAACGUACCCGGCAGUUUCGAGUUCCAAAGAUACAGGCGGGCCCGUUGGAGCAUAGAGCUCUCGGCAAGCCCCAAGAAGGUGGAGGAGCUGCGACUGCACAGUGAGAUGGGAUUUGAUGAGGCGUUGCCCCUGCUGCGCGAGAGAUUCGGGGAAGGGCAGAGGCCCAUGCCCCUGAACCGGGGCAGCGAUUCGCCGAGUAGUAGCUGUGAACUAUUGGGCGGAUGGGAAGAUAAUGAGAGCGCAGGGGAUAAGGUUGAUAUCAAGGUUGUACCUGGUGGAAGUGAAAGUACAUUUGGUAAUACAGGUACGGUUUGCCCGUUUUGCCCCACCGAAUAAGCCCAGGAAACUGAAAACUCUAAGUAGAACUAUAUGGAUUCCCUGGAUUCAUAUUUGAGGUGCUGAGAAACAAAGCGAUAUCAUCUCUGACGGUGUUC